UCAUCCAAAUAAAAAGAGAAAGUUGCAGCACGCAGGGUCAAAAUAACUAGAUCUCUACUGUGAGGGCCCACGGCGAAGAUGAACACGGUGAACUCGUUCUUAUGGCUCCUGCCUCUUUUAUACAACAUGUGUCCGGGACAUGCAUGGAUGGCAAGUAAUUUUCUCAUGACGGGACCCAAGGCCUAUCUCACCUACGCUAGGAGCGUGCAGGUGGGCGCUCAGACUGGGAUUGAGGAGUGCAAACACCAGUUUGCCUGGGAUAGAUGGAACUGUCCCGACAGUGCAACCCAGCUCAAAGGACUGAGACGCGCUACCAGAGAGACUUCUUUCGUGCACGCCAUCAGUGCAGCGGGGGUCAUGUACACUCUGACCAGGAACUGUAGUCUCGGAGACCUCGACAACUGCGGCUGUGAUGUCUCCAAUAACGGAAAAAUUGGCGGUCGUGGCUGGUUGUGGGGAGGCUGCAGUGACAACGUGGAUUUCGGAGAGAGGAUUUCCAAACAGCACGUGGAUGCGCAGGAGACAGGUCAGGACUCCAGGGCUGCUGUCAACCUGCACAACAACGAGGCUGGACGCCUGGCUGUGAAGGCAACAAUGAAGCGCAUCUGUAGAUGUCACGGCAUGUCCGAGAGCUGCACUGUCCAGACCUGCUGGAUGCAGCUGUCAGAUUUCAGAGAGAUCGGCAACUACUUGAAGAUCAAGCACAGCCAAGCGCAAAAACUGGACAUCGACAAAAAACGCAUGCGGGCUGGCAACAGCGCGGACAACCGAGGUGCCAUCGUGGACUCGUUCGGCAGCAUCGCGCAGACGGAGCUCAUCUACCUGGAGGACUCCCCGGACUACUGCAAGAAGAACAUCAGCUCGGGGUUGUACGGUACAGAGGGACGGGAGUGUGUGCAGCACGGAGAGGGUUUAACGCAGUGGGAGAGGCGCAGCUGCCGCAGGUUGUGUCAUGAAUGCGGCCUGAGGGUGGAAGAGAAGCGCACGGAGGUAGUGAGCAGCUGCAACUGCAAAUUCCACUGGUGCUGCACGGUGAACUGUGAGGACUGCUCUCAGGUUAUAGUGAAACAUGUGUGCGCCAGGAGGGAAAGUACGGAGGGACACGGCUUUAGACGGAGACACCGUGGACCCAAAUGAAAAAUAUAUUUUAUAAAGUCUGUUAAAUAAGAGGUUAAAUGUCUGUUUGCACUUUGUCGUCUCAGUGUAUAAAUACUUGAGUGUCUAUUUAUGAAUUGUUAAUGUUUAAUUAAAAUAAAAGUUAAAAAC